CUUUAAACUAAAAUGGAUAAGACCCAAAGUGAAAAUUCAAAUUCUUCACUAUCAGGGAAGAAACUCAGAAAAUUGCCCACUCAAACAAAGUUUAGGUGCAAGAGGGAACAACAGGAGUCAGUCAACAGGCUGCAUAGAGGCGAUAGCGUAAAGAUACGGAAAAGUAUAACUCCAAGGUUCAGGACCUCACGUGUUCGGUCCAAGUUAAAGCAAUUUAAGAAGAAGAUAGAAGAGAGUGUUUCUAAGCCCAUUGAUUCACCUAUUGUAAAACCUUGCCACAAAAAGCAGGUAUCAGAGAUCAUAUUAGACAAUCCUUUUGGAGAUGACAUGAACAAGUCAAUGAUCGUAUUAGAUGCUAAUGCCUUGGAGGCUUCUUGAGAAAAGUCAACAGAUGAGACCAUUAAGUUGAGAGACGAGAUCAGAGCACUCAAAUUUUAUAUUGAUUCACAGGAUUUUAAUACAUAUGAAGUUAGGUAUUUGAGGAAACGGAAGGAGUUACAACAGGAAGUUUCCAAAAAGCAGACAGUCGAAGUUAAACUUCAAGAGGCUUUGAUAACAGUAGAGCAAAAGAAUACUGAAAUAGAGGAUUUGAAAGGAAUAGUACAAGUUCUUAAAAAUACAAACAAAAAACUAAGGAAUCAAAAUUCAGACCUCAACAAAGAGGCUGAAGGCUUAGAAAAGAAAAUACUUUUAAUGGAUAAAAUGCACAAUAGCCACCAAGAUUUCCCUCAAAAACAACUCAAGGGUGUUUCAGAGGCCUUAUUAUCCUCAAAAAAUACUGAAAUACACACCCUAAAAUCCCAAAUAACCACUCUUCAGUCCCAAGUUCUUCACUUAAAAUCCCAAAUUCCAGAAUCUCCCAUCACCACUACCACCUUCACUCAAACUGUCGAGUUUCCUCCAGCUCCUUGAUCACCAGAGCCCUUGGUGCUAAGCCAAUCAGAAAGCUUGCUAGAAGGCUCACCAGAAGAACGUCUUCAUAAACGACAUCAAAUCUCUUCACAAAUCUCAAACUCGCCCAAAGCUAAAGUGCUUAAAGCCACACAAAAUUUAGAGAAAAAUCUCGAAAGUUCUCAGUCAAAAUUUGGAACAAGAUCAACAAGUGUAUUAGCACUGAUCGCGAUAUUGAGAAAAGCAGGACUGAGGCUUUGUUGAAAAACAAGAAGACAGCCAAGAGACCAAAAAUUUCCCUAAACCCACUCUCUCACAUCACAAAUCCCCCUUAAAACAAUCCAUAACCUAACCCCCUUCCCCUCUAUCCCUCCUCACACUUUUCUAUUUUUCA